GCUCAGCAUUUAGCGUGACUGCCGCCUGCUGCUUCACUAUGCUGGGAGGCCUGGGGAAGCUGGCUGCCGAGGGCCUGGCCCACCGCACGGAGAAGGCCACGGAGGAAGUUGUUCAUGCUGUGGAGGAUGUGGUGAAGGAAGUGGUAGGACACGCCAAGGAGGUUGGAGAGAAAGCGAUUGCAGAUGCCUUGAAGAAAGCCCACGACACAGGGGACAGAGUGGUGAAGGAAGCCACUGAGGCGGUGACCAGCACAGUUGCAAAUGCCGUCACGCACGCCGUGGAGGGGCUGGGCAAAUUGGGACAGUGAGCACACCGGCCCCUGACACUACACAUCCUGGAUUGCAAUAAAAGCUGUGAGAUGUA